AUGACGCAAAGAAGAAGAGACCCCAUCACCGACGCUUCCUCUCGAAGCGGCAGCAGCAGCGCUAGUAGCAGCAUGUCCAGUCUACCAGAUCCUGGCCAGUCACCAAGCAGAGGCAGGUCGCGGCGCAAGAGGCGAUCCACCAACGGGAGACGCCACAAUAAUAAUGAUCAUGAAGAACCCUUUUGGUGGACAUUUGCCAAGGUGGGAGGGUAUCUCCUCAUUUUCUGUGCCACGUGUUACAUUUUACUACUCCAACGACGCUUGUCCUCGUCGGCAGCCCAGGAGGAAUCUUUUCUUCGACACGAAACGUUACAAGGCAACAACAACCACAACAACAAUCAAGGCGGACUGCCACACCGUCCCAAAUCGAAUCCUCCACCGCUUCUAGUGCCCAGCAUUGGAGUCUAUGAACAAGAAUUGGCGCGGCAAGACACCUUUGGAAUUGCCUACCAGUAUCUAUUACCCCAAAAUUACAGUAUUGAAACUGCUUCCCAAAAGAAGGCAAACAAGAAACUCUCGGGGUUUGCCAAAGAAUCGGCAUUGCUGCUCCAACAAUUCACAACACUAGUGGGAGGAGAAGAGGAGGCAAGAGCCAUCUUGCAGCGCAGUCUACUCAGUCAAGCUCCUUCCUCCUCCCAAAACAAAGAGGGGGCUCCUCGCAAUCUCGCCACCCGCUUGCAACACAUUCUCCACCAAAAGGAUGGUGCAUUCCAGGUUGUCAUUCUUGGUAGCACAGCAGCCGCAGGGUCAGGAGUGCUCCACAAUCAAUCCUAUGCCUCUGUCCUGCAAAACAACAUGGAACCAAUCUUUCAAUCGGUCGGUAUUCGCUGGAAUGUUACCAACUUGGCCAUUGAAGACACGGCCGAGUUUCCCACCAUUUGGUGCCUCGAUCAUUUCAUUUCUACAAUACAAUUUCCUGAUGUCAUAAUCUGGGAUUAUGGAUACACAUCCACUGCGGAUAGUCUGGAGGCAUUUCUACGCAAUGUAGUCGCUGCCGCCACCCAGCACAAUCGGCCGUUGCCCUUUUUGAUCUUUCGAGACAACAAACACCCCACGUACAAUGAUCAACGAGACAGCCUGCUGCAGACAUAUGUCGAUCACAAUGUCUUGAUGGAGCCUGUAUUGGUGCAUGCCGAUCGGGCGGCAGCACCCUACUUUCGAAUGAAUCGAGAACAUCUUCCAGUGGCGUUCCAGGGCUGGAGGUCCCAUGCCACUUUACCAGGAGAUGCUCGAUUGACAGUUCCCCAUCACGGCAUGAUUGGAUGGCUGUUAUCCAUGCAUCUGUUGAGUGCCCUGGAACUCGUCGUGGCCAGCCCACAGACUGGAAUAUUACCGGCAUCCAAGCACAGCAGCCACUGUAGUAAGCUUGCCACCUCCCUUUGUCAUUCAAAAGACCACUCGACAAAGUUGGACGUAUGA